GAGGAUGGGAAAUUAACAAGGAGUACCUUAAUGCAUCACUAAUACAGUUGCGCAGUUCAGGGACAGCUAACGUGUUAUAUCUCAUCCAACAUUUGUGAUAGAGAUGUCUGCUGCACUGAGUCUGCGUCUUCUCCACUGCUACUCAAAGUCAGGCACAUUCGGGUAUGGUCCUGGUGUCAUGCGCCCAUUCAGUCUCAGUGUGCAGAGAGAGGGCUAUAAGUAUGUAAAUGCUCAGGAGCUGCCGACAGACAUGAGGUCCAUCACUGACCGGGCUGCCUCAACCCUUCUUUGGACCGAGCUCUUUAGAGGUUUGGCAAUGACCAUGAGUUACCUGUUCCGUGAACCUGCCACCAUCAACUACCCAUUUGAAAAGGGCCCCCUGUCACCCCGCUUCCGUGGAGAGCACGCCCUCCGCCGUUACCCUAAUGGAGAAGAGCGCUGCAUUGCCUGUAAGCUGUGUGAGGCCAUCUGCCCAGCUCAGGCGAUUACCAUUGAAGCUGAGACUCGAGCUGAUGGCAGCAGGAGAACUACACGCUAUGACAUUGAUAUGACCAAAUGUAUCUACUGUGGCUUCUGCCAGGAAGCCUGUCCUGUUGAUGCCAUUGUUGAGGGUCCAAACUUUGAGUUCUCUACAGAGACCCAUGAAGAGCUGCUGUACAACAAAGAGAAGCUGCUCAACAAUGGAGACCGAUGGGAGGCUGAGAUAGCAGCCAACAUACAGGCGGACUAUCUGUACAGAUAGACUCACUGUUGUCCGCAAAGAUGUGUCAUAUGAAAAUGAUUUAUCUGAUAAUCCUCCUAUGCAAAGAAAUUAUUUGUAGUUUUACAGAUAUUCCAGUGAGUUACAUUUGAGUGGUAAAGCCUUGCAGCCUGAGAUUCUGUUGUCAGAAAAACGCACAAAUCACAUGUCUUGUGUUGAUGGAUGAUAUUGCACUUUUGGGAUGUCGACUGAAUAGUCUGUACCCAUUGUAUUCUAAGCACAAUCUGUAAGCGACUGUUUUCUAUUGCAUUUUAAAAACAUGUUUUAUCUGAUGUAAUAGUCUGAAACAGUAUAUGUAUGUUAUGUUGCUGAAGCUAUUUCACAUACUAAAAUAAAUCACUGCC